AUGGGCGCCGUAGCUACACCACGCGUUGAUACCAGCAAGAGGGUUCAGGCUCUGAGGGAAUUGAUGAAGCAAAAAGGCGUGUCUGCUUAGUGGGUCAUCGUGUAUAGAUAAGCAUUCGAGAGCGAUGCUGACACGGUCUUAGCUGUAUUCUAGCGUCAUCCCCUCGGAAGACUCGCACGCCUCCGAAUAUCCUGCAGAGUAAGUGGAGGAGACACCUUUGCUGCCAAAGACGGUGUAUGCGAACAUCAUUGCUGAAGUUGCCCUCGUCUCUCAGAUCUGAUCUCCGCCGAGGCUACAUCACUGGCUUUACCGGAUCUGCCGGAACAGCAGUCGUUUCGGAGAAAGAGGCGUGCCUGUUCACAGAUGGUCGCUACUUUCUUCAAGCUGGCCAGCAGCUUCACGAGCCAACAUGGACGCUGAUGAAGCAGGGCGAGACAGGAGUUCCUACGUGGCAGGAGUAUUUGUCAAAGAACCUGCCUAGCGGCAGCCAGGUCGGCAUAGACCCUGCGCUCGUAUCUGCCGAAGACUGCGCCAGUAUCGAUGGAGAAUUGGCCAAAUUCAAGUCCAAGAUUGUCGCACUGCCCGAGAACCUCGUGGAUACCAUUUGGCCCGCGCAAGAGAGGCCCAAUCGCCCAUCUGAGCCGAUCUUUUCUCUGGACGUCAGAUACGCGGGAGCGACGCCUGCCGAGAAGAUCAAGGCAGUGAGAGAAGAAUUGCAGCGCAAGGGGGACUGGGCGAAAGGUUUCGUAGCGAGCAUGCUCGACGAAGUGGCCUGGCUCUUCAACCUCCGAGGCUCAGACGUGCCUUACAAUCCCGUCUUCUUUGCCUUUGCGCUCAUCACCCGCGACGCUGUCAACAUUUACGUCAACGAUGCUGCCCUGGAGAAGCCUGCACGACAAGAAUUAGAAAAGGUGGCCGCUGUCAGACCUUACGAUGCCUUUUACAGCGACUUGGCUCAGGUGGGCAAAAAGCUGCAAGCUGAAGAAAAGGUGAGGCGCUCGUCUCCUGAGGAUGAUCUCCAAACAAGGCAUGCGAUGCUGACAUACUGAACCCUGCCAAAUUAGAUCGUCAUUGGCAAAAGAGCAUCGCAAGCUGUGCAAGUAGCUCUCGGAGGAGCUGACAGAGUAAAGGUAGACCGCAGCAUCAUUGUCGAUCUGAAAUCCGUCAAGAACGCUGUUGAGCUGGAUGGCUUCAGAGCCUGUCAUGUACGGGAUGGAGCUGCACUGGCCAGCUAUUUCGCAUGGUUGGAGCAAGCUGUGACCUCGGGAGAAAAGGUCUCGGAAGCCAGAGGUGCCGACGAACUGGAGAAUGCAAGGCGCAGACUUGACAUGUUCAGAGGUCUCAGCUUCACAACCAUCUCUAGCACUGGUCCGAAUGGUGCGAUUAUCCACUACUCGCCAGACCCUGCGAACUGUCCGGAUAUCGAUCCCUCCAAGCUAUACCUUUGGUACGUGACAGCCUGCGUCACCGCGUACAUUGCCCAGACUCACCAUGCGCACCGUUUCGCUGCUUUGCAGCGAUUCAGGAGCUCAGUUUACGGACGGCACGACGGAUGUGACUAGGACGUGGCAUUUUGGCAAGCCGAGCAAGGAGGAAGUGCGAGCAUUCACUCGAGUACUUCAAGGCCACAUCGCCAUCGAUCGAGCAACAUUCCCAAAAGGAACCACGGGCUACCUACUGGACCCUCUUGCUCGCAGACCACUCUGGGAAGAUGGGUGAGUGUAAAGGACCUCUUCGCACUCUUCGUACCCGCAAUUCUGAGUGCUGACGGCCGCAACGCUUCCGAUUGGCCAACGUCCGAAUGAUACAGGCUCGACUUCCGUCACGGAGUUGGACAUGGCGUAGGUCACUUUUUGAAUGUACACGAAGGUCCACAUGGCAUUGGCACAAGAGCGGUCUUCAACGAGACGGCGCUCAAGGAAGGCAUGGUCGUUUCCAACGAGCCCGGAUACUACCAGGACGGCGAAUGGGGCAUUCGCAUCGAGAAUUUGGUCCUGUGAGUGACCAGAUCGUGAUCUAGCUCACGCGGGUGCUCCACGUGGUAUGUCUGAGGAUCUCGCUAGCUUUCUGACUUGCGCGCCGCUUCCCGUUCUUGACGUGUGAACAGGGUGCGAAAGGCAGAGACGCCAAACAAUUUCGGCGGCAAGGUGGGUUUGGAUCUCAUCAGACGCUCGUACUGGGACUGCCACUGAUCAUUUCAGUCCUUGUACGACUCUCGACUCGCUCGUUGCCAGGGCUUCCUGCAAUUCGAGCACCUCACCUUAUGUCCUAUCCAGACCAGUCUCCUAGACCCUGCUCUGCUCACCCAGGCUGAGAGGGAUUGGAUCAAUGCUUAUCACGACGAGACGCUACAGAAAGUAUUGCCCCUACUUGAAAAGUCCGGCGAUGACCUUGCCGUCAAGUGGCUCAAGAAGCAUUGCGAGGCGCGUGUCUAG